AUGGCGGUCCUCCUCGUCGGCCUGGCGGCGGCGCAGGGCCCCGCCCCGUCGUCGGGCCACACCCCGUCCAAGUCCCCCCCCUCGCCGUCCCCCACACCUCCCCGUCGCCUUCUCCAAUUGCGACUACCAUUCCCCAAGUACUGGCCCCGUCUCCGCCGCCCCACACCGCUUCCCCCGUCAGCCCCGCCCCCCCGGUCACCCCCGCCCCCCACCGCCUCCCCUGUCAGGCCCGCCCCCCACCGCCCCCGCUUCCCGAGCUCGGGCCCCCGCGCCGCCUUCUCCGACCACCCCGCCGGCUUCCGCCCCGUCUCCCCACGGCCCCGCCGCCUCUCCCCCGCCGCCCCCGUCCCCGCCGCCGUCUCCCGAGCCCGGGGCCCACGCGCCGGUACCUCCGCCGUUGUCGAUCGCGAGGCUGCCGGCCGGGGAGCCAGCUCCGGGGCACGGCGGGGCCUGAGCGGCAGGCUGGCGCCUCCCGCGCCCGGGCCUCCCGCGCCGUCGCCCUCCGUCUCGCCCAAGGCGUCCCCGUCGCCUUCUUCGACCACCCCGCCGGCUUCCGGCCCGUCACCCCACGGCCCUGUCGCCUCUCCCCCGCCGCCCCCGUCCGUCGCCGCCGUCUCCCGCGCCCGGGGCCACCGCGCCGGUACCUUUGCCGUUGCCGAUCGCGACGCCUGCCGGGGAGGCGGCUCCCGGGCACAGCGGCAGGCUCGGCUUCGGCUUUUCCGGGUCGGUGGCGAUCGGUGCCCUCGUCACCGAUGCUCAAAUGCUUUUCUAGAUAGUUUUUUUGACAAUCCGGCGAGGAGCAGCAGAUAUGGCGACUGA